UCUCCCGGCUCCGUCUCGCGUUCAAUCGCACUUCUUCACACGCCCUCCGCGGAAAGACCUUCCGGCCACCUGCCGCCCAAUCUUCCGACUCCCUCCCGCUUCGUCCUUCACAUCUCUUAGAGCUCUCCAGUCGCACUUCUCAAAGCUUUCAGCGGAGCGCGCAGAGCGUCUUCCCGGCCCGAGGUAAGAAAACGGAUCUGAGCUCCCAAGGCUGCGUGCAAGACAGGCGGUCACCUGGUUGUUGACGUCAGCGCGAGGCUGAGAGCCGCUAGGGUUUUAACCCGCGUCUCCUGCUACGCGCAGGCGCCCGACAGGAAGACUUGGCAUGCUUCGGCCAAUGAGAGCGCGAUCUGCGACUCCUCUCUAGCGAGCCUCCGCAGCCGGCGCAGAAGGACGGGUGGAGCGGAACGCACCCAGCUGAGAUUUCAAGGGCGGGAGGCCGAGAAAGCACUGCGGCAAUUAAUGGAUGCCUGGAAGUUGACCUACAUAUAUAUCCAGAAAUGUUUUGCCACCUGAGACCUAUGAGGAGGUUGUGUCUAGGGAAGAUAUUUCCAUACUGGUUUCUCUGCUCAAGAGCUUUAUCAGGAGCUGAAGCAGUAAAUGCCUUAAGACCAUUCUACUUUGCUGUACAUCCAGAUUUCUUUGGACAGCACCCAAGGGAAAGGGAAGUCAAUGAAAAUUCUCUUAAGAGGUUAAGUGCCUACUGAAAUCUCCAGAAACCAGGCUCCAAGUCUUUGAAACCAACUCAGCUUAUGUUUUAUGUAAGAGAAACAGACCAGAAUUCCUCUGAGGGCCAGGAACACUUCACCACUUCUGGAUUUCGAGCAGUCAAAUUUACUUUGCACACCAGAGAUCUGCUAAGCACAGUAUUAUAUAUUCUCAACUCCUGCAGUUUAUCUGUUGAACAUAUCCAAAGCUCGAAUACUAAUGUGCAUUCCCAGCCUCUCAAGAAGGCCCAAAGGAUGUCUGACAGGCCCAUCAAAUGGGACAAGUCCUACUACUCCUUUACUGGAUUCAAAGACCCUGAUGAAGACCUCGAGCAAGUCUGGAGAAUGGAAACAACCCUCACAUCCUGGCUAGAUAACAAUGGAAAGAGUGCAGUUAAAAAGCUGAAGAAUAGUUUGCCACUUAGAAAAGAACUCAGUCGUUUAAAAGAUGAACUGUCCCAUCAACUGGAGCUCUCAGAUAUCAGGUGGCAGAGGAGCUGGGGCAUCGCCCAUCGCUGCAGCCAGCUGCACAGUUUAGGCCGCUUAGCCCAGCAGAACUUGGAAACACUUAAAAAUGCAAAAGGAUGUACAAUAAUAUUUACAGACCGGUCCGGGAUGAGUGCAGUGGGCCAUGUGAUGCUAGGAACAAUGGAUGUCCAUCAUCACUGGACAAAACUUUUUGAGAGAUUACCGAGUUAUUUUGACCUGCAGAGGAGGCUGAUGCUUUUGGAAGAUCAAAUAAGCUAUCUUCUGGGUGGCAUCCAAGUUGUUUAUAUUGAAGAGUUACAGCCAGUGUUGACACUUGAAGAAUACUACUCUCUUCUUGACGUGUUCUAUAACAGACUUUCGAAAAGUCGAAUACCGUUUCACCCUCGAAGUCUGCGUGGUUUACAAAUGAUCCUUAACAGUGACAGAUAUGCUCCAAGCCUGCAUGAACUGGGCCAUUUUAACAUCCCGACCCUCUGCGACCUAGCCAACCUCCAGUGGUUUAUUCUCACCAAAGCCCAACAGGCGAGAGAGAACAUGAAGCGAAAAGAAGAGUUGAAGGUCAUGGAACACGAACUGAUGCAGGCUUCUACAAAGAAAUUUUCUCUGGAGAAGUUUUAUAAGGAGCCCAGUGUUUCUAGUAUGCAAAUGGUGGAUUGUUGUCAGAGACUUCUAGAGCAAUCACUGCCUUAUCUGCAGGGGAUGCGCCUCUGCGUUUCCCACUUUUACUCUGUUAUGCAAGAUGGAGACCUUUGCAUUCCUUGGAAUUGGAAGAGUGGAGAAGCCAUUAAAUAACACAGAAAUCUGUAUUCCUUUUUAAAGAGAUAAACUUAAGAGUUUUUCUUAUUUAAAUCCACAAUUUGAUAAAACAGUAUUAUUUACAUGUUACAAGAACAAAGUUUCUAACAGCUGCUUUAAAAGUAGGCUUGUUUUUUUUUUUUUUUUUAAGUAAUUUCUGUUAGGAAACUCUUUUUAAAAAGGUUUUAUCUCCCAAUCUUAUGGCAUGUCUUAUCUGAUUGGCAAGACUGAGUGAAAAGAUGCUACAAUGAAAGAACAUAUUUGUAGUGGUACGAAAAUGGGGGAUUCUACAGGGUUCAAGACAUACAUUGUUUUGUUGUUUUUUUUUUUGUCUUUUUAGGGCUAUACCCAAAGCAUAUGGAGGUUCCCAGGCUAGGGGUCGAGUCUACAGCUGCCACCC